CUAUAUAUAAAUAACAUCAGACACCUUAUUCUAUACACCACUUAAUAUCAACAAACCAACUCCACAGAAACCAAAGAAAAACUCAUGGCUAAGCUCAUUUUCUUCUUAGCCGUACAAAUCCUCCUCCUCGCGGUCGUUUCUUCCACCGGAGACGACGGAGAAAACUUUGCCAGAACCAUAGAUCGGAAGCUUCUCGGGCUCCACAAGAAAGAGAAGCUAACCCAUUUCAAAGUCUAUUGGCACGACAUCUUAAGUGGUCCAAACCCAACCUCCAUCAUGAUUCAACCACCAGUUAAAAACACUUCCUACUUCGGAGCCAUCUCCAUGAUCGACAACGCCUUGACGGCGAGAGUUCCGAUGAACUCAACUGUGUUGGGCCAAGCUCAAGGCUUCUACGCGGGAGCGGCCCAAAAGGAGUUGGGUUUUCUGAUGGCUAUGAACUUUGCUUUUAAGACAGGGAAGUACAAUGGAAGCACCAUUACGAUUCUUGGUCGGAAUACGGCGUUGUCGGAGGUUAGAGAAAUGCCAAUUGUUGGAGGAAGUGGGCUUUUCCGAUUUGCUAGAGGCUAUGUUGAGGCUCGGACAAAGUGGAUUAAUCUCAAGAACGGCGAUGCUACUGUUGAGUAUAGCUGUUAUGUUUUGCAUUAUUGAUGUUUUUUGUCGUAAUUAUAUAUUUAAUUUGACGACGUAAUAAUAAAGCAGAUUUUUAAAUUUUAAAUUUUAAGUUUUCUUUUUGCAUUUUGGCUUAUGGUGUGUGUGUGUGGUGAAUUUGUGGUUGUAGGUUUGUCGUUUAAUAAUAUUUGAUGAUAGUUUUAUUUGAACGAGUU